GGGGAAAUGGCGGCGGCUGAGGCGGAGAUGGCGGCGCGGGAGGAGCCGCCGGGAGCGGGCACGGGAGCGGGGCCCGGCCCGGAGCAGCGGCCGGGAGCCAUGCAGGAGCCGGCAGCUAUGGAGGAGCCCGCGCCGGGAGCGGGGCCGGCGGGGGAAGCGGGGCCCGCGGCGGUGGUGGCGGAUCCCGGAGCGGGGCCGGGCCCGGAGCGGCCCGAGCUGUGCUUUGAGGAGGAGGAGGUGCAGCACGAGGAGGAGCUGUCCCUGGGAGGAGGGGUGCAGCACGGGGAGGAGCUGCGGGGAACCACCUCGCGGGGGGUGGCCUCACACCUGGGGCGGCACACCGGGGCACCCGGCUACAACUACUACAGGAGCGGAGCUGCCGCAGACCUGAGAGCGCUCAGGGAGCUGCCCGGCAGUUACAAGCUGUGGUACCAGUACCUGCGGCAGCGCCGGGCCCAGGUCAAAGGUCGCUGUCCCUCUGACCCCGCCUUCGAGGAGGCCAACGCCGUGCACGAGAGAGCGCUGGUGUUCAUGCACAAGAUGCCGCGGAUCUGGCUGGAUUACUGCCAGUUCCUGGCCGAGCAGGGCCGCAUCACGCGCACGCGCCGCACGUUUGACCGGGCGCUGCGGGCGCUGCCCAUCACGCAGCACCGGCGCCUCUGGCCGCCCUACCUGAGCUUCGUGCGGCGCCACCCGCUGCCCGAGACCGCCGUGCGCGUCUUCAGACGGUUCCUCAAGCUGUGCCCCGAGGAGGCCGAGCAGUACGUGUCCUACCUGCGCUCCGUGGGCCGCCUGGACGAGGCUGCGCAGGUGCUGGCCCGGCUGGUGAACGACGAGCGCUGCGUGUCCCGCCAGGGCAAGUCCAACUACCAGUUAUGGCAGGAGCUGUGCGAGCUGCUGUCCCAGGAGCUGGGCACAGCUGGGGGGCCCAGGGGGCACCCGGGGGCCCACGGGGACCUCGGGGGGCACCUGGGGUACCUGCGGGCCGCCUGGGGCCCGGCGGACUCUGGAGGCCGUGCAGGCAAUGAUGGCCCCAUUAACCCUGUAACCCCCGGUUUUGUCCCGUUCCAGGCCCGGGACGUGUACGAGGAGGCCGUGCAGACGGUGAUGACGCCGCUGGACACGCAGGCCCAGCUGGGACAGGGCCAGGACGAGGAGGUGGAGCUGGAGCUGCGCCUGGCCCGCUUCGAGCGCCUGAUGGCGCGGCGGCCGCUGCUGCUCAACAGCGUGCUGCUGCGCCAGAACCCGCACAACGUGCACGAGUGGCACAAGAGGGUGGCCCUGCACCAGGGACAGCCCGACAAGAUCAUCCAGACGUUCACGGAGGCCGUGCGCACCGUGGAUCCCCAGCGCGCCACCGGCCGCCCCCACGAGCUCUGGGUCGCCUUCGCGCGCUUCUACGAGGACAACGGGCAGCUGGACGACGCCCGGUCCAUCCUGUCCCGUACCCGCGCCACCCGGGUGCGGUUCCGUCGGGUCGAGGACCUCGCCGCCGUCUGGUGCGAGUUCGGGGAGCUGGAGCUGCGGCACCAGCGGCACCAGGAGGCGCUCGCCGUGCUGAGGAAAGCCACAGCGCUGCCCUCCCGCCGGGCCGAGUACUUCGACAGCUCGGAGCCCGUGCAGAACCGGCUCUACAAAAACCUGAGGGUGUGGGCCAUGCUGGCCGACCUGGAGGAGAGCCUGGGCACCUUCCAGUCCACCCGCAGUGUGUACGAGCGCAUCCUGGACCUGCGCAUCGCCACGCCCCAGAUCGUCAUCAACUACGCGCUGCUGCUGGAGGAGCACGGCCGCUUCGAGGACAGCUUCAAGGCCUACGAGCGCGGCAUCGCGCUGUUCCGCUGGCCGCACGUCGGGGACCUGUGGCUCACGUACCUGUCCAAGUUCGUUGCCCGUUACGGCGGCCGGAAGCUGGAGCGGGCCCGCGACCUCUUCGAGCAGGCGCUGGACGGGUGCCCCCCCCAGCACGCCAAGAACACUUGGGCGCGGCUGGAGGGCAGUUUGCGGCGGGACAGCAGGGGCAGUGCGCCCGAGCAGGGCCGGUUCCACAUCUACCGCCGCCGCAUCACCGGGGACGCGACACGCCGCCCCCAUCUACCAGAGAGCCAUCGAGGUACCCGCCUUGCACACCUGGGCACACACCUCUUCGGGGUCACGCACACGCGCCCCAUCUACCAGAGAGCCAUCGAGGUGCUGGGUGACGACGCCGCGCGGGAGCUGUGCCUGCGCUUCGCUGACAUGGAGUGCAAGCUGGGCGAGGUGGAUCGGGCGCGCGCCAUCUACACGUACUGCUCGCAGAUCUGCGACCCGCGGAUCACGGGCAGUUUCUGGCAGACCUGGAAGGAGUUUGAGAUCCGCCACGGCAACGAGGACACCAUCCGGGAGAUGCUGCGGAUCAAGCGCAGCGUCCAGGCCACCUACAACACGCAGGUGAACUUCAUGGCCUCGCAGAUGCUCAAGGUGUCGGGCAGCGCCACCGGCACAGUGUCCGACCUGGCCCCGGGGCAGAGCGGCCUGGACGAGAUGAAGCUGCUGGAGCAGCGCGCCGAGGCGCUGGCGGCCGAGGCCCAGCGGGACACGCCCCGCCCCGCCCAGCAGGUGCUGUUUGUCAGGUGAGACACGCCC